UAUGGUUGAUGCUUAUUGGGAUAAGCAAAUUUAUUAGCUUUGGGUUCGAUGGAGAAAGGAGUUGUAAGAUGGGCAGUGGACUUAUCAAAGUGGAACCCAACUCCCCAUCACUUCUCUUCUGCUCUUUCUCUUCUUCCCCAUCACCAACACUCCUCCGUCAGCAGAUUUUUGAAAAUGGAAGAUAAGAAACGAGCACUUGUAAGUAGGCUGCUUCAAUAUGCUCUGGUUCAUGAAGUGUUGGGCAUUCCGGUUGAUGAAAUUAUCAUAAACCGCACUAUUGAAGGCAAGCCCUAUUUGGAAUGUGAUAAAGUUGGUGCGGAAUUUCCCAAUUUUAAUUUUAAUGUUUCCCAUCACGGUGACUACGUGGCCAUAGCAUCUGAACCUCUUUGCUUGGUGGGCUUGGACAUUGUUUCCUUUAUCAUUCCUGGCAGAGAGACAGUUCCACAAUUUGUUCAAAACUUUUCCUCAUAUUUUUCAAUUUUGGAAUGGAAUAAAAUAAUUAAUGCAGGCACCGACGACGAAAUCCUGGCCGAGUUUUACAGUUAUUGGUGUCUAAAAGAAGCAUAUGUUAAAGCCAUAGGGCGUGGAGUGGCAGACAGAUUGGACAAAGUGGAGUUUCAUCAUACUGGCUGGACAAACAUCUGUGUUAAAAUUGAUGGAGAGACAAUGACACAGUGGAGGUUUUGGCUUUUCGAGUUGGGGAAAAGACAUUGGGUAUCUAUAGCCAAAGGUCAUCCAAGAUCAGCCACUGAUAAUUACAAGAGAACAUUAGCUAAGGUAGAUUUUAAUGAAGAGGACUAUAAUAAAGGUCUCUGUCUUCCAAAUACACCUUUUGUCAUACAAACAGUAGAACAACUUGUGUCACUCUUGCGGAAAGCCAAAGGGAUACUAGAUGCAACAUAGAAUAUACAACACAUUGAAUCAGAAUGGAUUACAUUAGGGACAAACAUCAACAUUGGUAUUCUUAAAUGUUGACAUCUGUCCAAAUAUCUGGUGGAGGGUUUAGGAUUUACGCCUACUGCAGCAUGGCUGGUUUAGGAUUAGGACCGGCUUUCCAUCGUCUAACUAAGAAGGGUGACGAAGUGUAUUAAAAACUGAACUCUCGCAGCCACAGAAGCUGGAGAACUUCAUAUAUUUUCCCAAUAACAAAAAACUUGAUACAAUACUUUGUAAAUGUUGCUGGAAAACAGCUUUAACAUCAGACAAAUAGCAGAAUGCCGUUUUCAGUUUUA